AUUAAACAAAACAGAAAAUUCGCGUUUUGUCAUCCAGUUUGUUGCGGGUUUAGCUCGGGGUUUAGAACGUUCAGAAUCCUCUUCGUGUAUGGUGCUAGCGGAUGACCAACUGUGGUCAUUGCCCUUUUACCAAAAUCAAGAACCGGUUCCGGCGUAAUCCCUACAGGAGCAUGUUCGCAGCUGGAUAUCCAGGUCGAUUGUAUACCUACAUAUAAUACCCAAUUUCACAAACCAGUUAGUCCGGUUAUUUCGCCCGCGGAGUGUGAUAAUUUUGUGUGCGGUUUUGUUGUGUGCAGAAUAAAACGAGUGGAAACACCUCCCGCAGAUUAAAUCUGUUGCGUUGGCGGUUGGCUGUAUAGGAAACGAUAACCGGAGACAAUAACCUUACAAGCAUAAAAAUGAGCCUCCAGAAGCGCGCCUACGGCAGUCUAUAGAAUAAGUUUGUUUGGCACAAAUCGGCUACAGUGCAUUGGCCGUGAUUUCUUUUGAUUGUUUUGCUCGACUGGUCUGAACGGAAGAAAGUGGAUCGUUUCAGUGGAAGGUUGUGCUUCGAAAAAUAGAAGGGGAAGCAACUAUUUGCAUAAGACCGUUGAGUAGGUGAAAGUAACUGCUGCCGUGGAGUCGAUUCAGAUUCAAUCAGCUGAUACUAUGGCGCGUCUGCUGAUAUGCGCUUCGCUGUUGAUUUGUUUACUCUGCAUUCAAUGGACGACUGGCCAAGAAGCUGAUAGCCCUCCGGUUUGGGGCUAUCGCUGCGCCAACAGUCGCUGCCAAAAGGUGGCCCUCGAUGGUGGUGAAACUGAAACGAACAAAGCGGUAAGCCUGUCUGUGUGCCGUUUGUACUGCGAUGGACUCUUCGGCACGGUAUGGCCUCGCCCGACCGGUAACUUCCGGCUGGGGAACAAUCUGAUUCGCGUCGAUCCGUGGACGGUUGAGUUCCGGUGGGGUAAGCGAUACGAUGCACUGGACAAGUACUGGGAGGGCAGUGUGGAGCGUUUCCGCGCGCAGUUGUCGAAAAAGGCGAACGGAGAGGAGAUCCGGUCCGGUGGAAAAGGAGUUCAGGUAACGGUUGAUGUGGGUGGGGACUCGUUGGUUUUGAAUCACGAAACCGACGAAAGCUAUAAGUUGAAGAUUCACGGAGGAGAGGAUGGAAGUGUGCAGGUGACGAUCGAAGCGGGUAGCUAUUUUGGGGCACGCCAUGGGUUGGAAACAUUGGCCCAGUUAAUUGUGUUCGAUGAUAUUCGGAAUGAGCUACAGGUGGUGGCUGAUGUUGAGAUCCAGGAUGCUCCCGUAUAUGCGCAUCGAGGCUUGGCUUUGGAUACCUCCAGAAACUACGUAAGUGUAGACGCGAUUAAAACGGCGAUCGAUGCUCUGGCGAUGGUCAAAAUGAACGUGUUCCACUGGCAUAUCACGGACUCCCACAGCUUCCCCCUUGUAAUCAAAUCGCAGCCAAUUUUACACACUUUCGGAGCAUAUUCCAGGAAACAAAUCUACACAGCGGCGGACGUUGAAGACAUUGUACAAUAUGCUUUGACUCGCGGCGUUCGAGUCAUUCCGGAGUUGGAUGCCCCGGCUCAUGUCGGAGAAGGUUGGGAAAAGACUAACUUGACCACGUGCUUCAGCUUCCAACCAUGGACCAAAUAUUGCGUAGAGCCUCCUUGCGGUCAGUUAGACCCGACAAAAGAGAAAAUGUAUGACGUCCUGGAAGACAUAUACCGCGAAAUGAACGCCAUGUUCACCAAUUCUGAUUUGUUCCACAUGGGAGGCGACGAAGUGUCCUUCAGCUGUUGGAACUCGAGCGUUGAAAUUCAACAAUGGAUGAAGGCCCAGGGUUGGGGUCUGGAAGAAGCUGAUUUUCUCAAAUUGUGGAACCAUUUCCAAACAAAUGCUCUGGAACGGUUGGACAAGUCACUUAAUGACAAGCGUCCUAUUGUGAUGUGGACGAGUCGCCUGACGGAGGAACCCUACGUUGACAAGUAUUUGAACAAGGACCGUUACAUCAUCCAAAUUUGGACGACUGGCGAUGAUCCGAAGAUUGCUGCUCUCCUCGAAAAGGGCUACAAACUUAUUAUGUCUAACUACGAUGCUCUUUAUCUGGACUGCGGCUUUGGAGGUUGGGUCCAGGGUGGCAACAAUUGGUGCUCUCCAUACAUAGGCUGGCAAAAGGUUUACAAUAACGAUCUAAAAUCACUCGGCGGCCAAUAUUCAUCGCAAAUCCUCGGAGCCGAGGCAGCCCUAUGGACCGAGCAGGCCGAUCAGCAUUCUCUGGAUGGUCGUUUGUGGCCUAGGGUCAGUGCUCUGGCGGAACGGCUAUGGACUGAUCCUCGGGAGGGCUGGCAAGCCGCUGAUUCACGCAUGCUCGUGCAUAGAGAACGACUGGUUGAGAAUGGAAUUGCCGCAGAAAGCCUGCAACCUCAGUGGUGCCUACAAAACGAGGGCGAAUGUCCAAUCACGCAAGGUGCUUAGUAUUCCUCUUCUAAUUGUGAUCUGAAAUCCGUCGACCACAGACAAGCAAUAAUUAUGUACUUGACGGGAAUUCUAGUUGUUAAUUCACGAUAACGAUCAAUACUCACUUAGAUAAAUUUGUAAACAAUUCUGGAAUUUAUUGAUCCAUUCCAUUGGUCAUUUUUUUUUGUUAAAAUUUAAAUUGCAUAGCUACAAUUUUGAAA